AUGGCCAGGCUUUGGAGCCUUGUGCAGGAGCUAAAUCUACUCGCACUCAUCCCUUCCUUUCCUCUGUCAUCUCCUCUCUUCCCUCUCCCUCUCCUCUCUCAUCUCCUCUCUUCCCUCUCCCUCUCCUCUCCUCUCUCGCCUCUCCUUGUCUCUCCCCCCUCCUCUCUCCCCUCUCCCCCUUUGUCUCUCCCUCUCCUCUCUCCCCUCUCCCCUUUUUUCUCUCCCUCUCCUCUCUCCCGUCUCCCAUUUUGUCUCUCCCUCUCUGUUCUCCCGUCUCCCCUUUUGUCUCUCCCUCUCCUCUCUCCCUUUUUGUCUCUCCCUCUCCUCUCUCCCCUCUCCCCCUCUCUCUCCCUCUUCUCUCUCCCCUUGUCUCUCCCUCUCCUCUCUCCCCUCUCCCCUCUUGUCUCUCCCAUUUCUCUCUCUCCUCUCCCAUCUUGUCUCUCCCUCUCCUCUCUCCCCUCUCCCUUUUUGUCUCUCCCUCUCCUCUCUCCUCUCUCCCCUUUUGUCUCUCCCUCGCCUCUCUCCCCUUUUGUCUCUACCUCUCCUCUCUCCUCUCUCCCCUCUUAUCUCUACCUACCUCUCCUCGCCUCCCUCCUGCUCUUCUUCGGAUUCUCUUCCUCAUGCCAUUUUCUCCUCUCCCUUUCUUCUUCCCCUCUUCCCCUUCAGGUAUCCCCCGCGCUCGUCCACCCUCUCCUCUCGCUCGCACACCAGUUGGGGACGCAGGAACUGCUGCAAGCACGCCCUCACAUGUCGCCCUUCCCCUUGUCUCAUCACCCAUUCUCUUUCUUUUCCCUCAACUUUCAGGUGCCCAUCUCGCUCGUCCGCCCCCUCCUCUCUCUCGCGCACCAGCUAGGGGCGCAAGAAUUGCAGCAGGCGUGUGAAGCAGCACUGGAUGGGCAUGGAUCUAGAUACUCCGCAUCUGCACCCGCCCACGCGAGCACAUACUCUGCAUCUGGACAGAGCGCUAUGGGAUCCUGUGUCACAGAGGAAAACCUAGUGCUUGGCGCCUCUGCGGCUGUAGCAGCAGAGAGAAGGGCCGCUACUCCCAAUGCUACAGCCGCUGGGAACGAGGAUGCAGCCAAGUCAGCCAAGGGCGAGGCGCCAGACGGUAGAGAGGCGAGAGGAGGGAGCGAGGUGAGAGACGGUAGAGAGGCGAGAGGAGGGAGCGAGGUGAGAGAAAGUAGAGAGGCGAGAGGAGGGAGCGAGGUGAGAGACGGUAGAGAGGCGAGAGGAGGGAGCGAGGUGAGAGACGGUAGAGAGGCGAGAGGAGGGAGCGAGGUGAGAGACGGUAGAGAGGCGAGAGGAGGGAGCGAGAUGCUGACUAGUGGCAUGCGAGAAGCCACCUCGCACGAGAUUGUAAUAGGAGGUGCUUCUAAUGAAGCCGUUGCCGCUCUCCUGUACUUCUUCUAUACCGGAAAGCUGCCCCACACUCUCCCCCACACUCCCUUGUCACAUUCUCAACGGAAACACCUGAUACAGUCACUCUCAGAACAGUCACCCCCGUCGCAGUCGCCCACAUUUCAGUCCGCCCCAUUGGAGUCUCCCCCAUUACAGUCGCCACCAUUACAGUCACCCUCAUUACAAUCACGCCUAUCCCCGUCACAGUCACAGUCUGCAUCAGCAGCAGCACCUGAGAGCACUCAGGGCGUGCUGCUGUCGCUGCUGUGUCUGGCUGACCGCUUCUGCAUCCCAGCUCUCCACCACUCAGUGAAUGAGCGACUGCUGACGUGUGUUGAAGAGUCAUCAGCAUUCACCACACUGCGAGUUGCUGCAUCAGUUCCUGGGGAAGCCUGCUCUCGCCUGACAGCUGUCGCCGCCUCAUUGGCCGCGGCGCGGUUUGAGCGGUGCGUUGAUGCUGAUGUGGACGGGCUGAGAGGGCUGCCGGCUGGUGCGCUCACGGCUGUAUUGCAGCAGCUGGGAGGAGGCGGAGCGAGCAGUGAGGGAGAUGAUGAUGAGAGAGGGGGAGGAGGGGGAGGAGGGGGAGGAGGGGGGGGGGAGGGGGAGGAGGGGGAGGAGGGGGAGGAGGAGGGGGAGGAGGAGGGGGAGGAGGAGGGGGAGGAGGAGGGGGAGGAGGAGGGGGAGGAUCCGGCUGUAGCAGAGGCUCCUGGUAUCGAAGAUCUCAUUCAAGCCGAUCUUUUGGGCCGGCUACAGCUGGAAGGGGCUGAGCCCAUGCUACAAGGGGGGGGGCAGGAGGAGGAGGAGAGUGAAGGGAUAGAAGAGAAGGAGGGUGAUGAGGACGAAGGAGAGGAGGAGGAGGAUGACGAAGUUUCUGGGUUGCUGCAGCACGUGCAGUUCAUGUCGCUGCCUGAUUCGCUCCUCGUCAGGCUCAGGGACAGCCUACUUGCCAUGUGGCUUCCCACCAUUCGCCGAUCCGUACGUUUCCCUGAAUUUGUGCACCCUUUUGCCACGUGGAUGGCAUCACCUCUGAACUUCUCAUGUUCGAGCCCUUUCCCAAUUCCACCAGUCUUGUUGUCAAAUCUUUCUCCGUGUGUUGUCGUGGAUUUUCCCGCAUUUUCCUUGCCUCGCCCAUCCUCUCUCUCCACCUCCCCCCUCCCCUCCUCUCUCCUUCACUCCCCUUCUCUCGCCCUUCAGGCUGUCAAGGAAAUUGCUCGUCGCAACCCACACACCCAUGCACCCAGGGCAUCACAAGACCAUCCCCACUCCUCCUCCCUCUCCUUUACCGCUCACCACCUCUCAAAUUCUGAGACAUUUGAAUCACAAACAGGCAAACAACAUUCACACAGCCUUCCCCAAACAUUUUCCCACAGUCUCUCUCACGGUUUCUCUCCCCCCGAUUAUUAUGGGCAUGCUUUAAGUCUCUCCUUCUUGGCCCACCAACCCCACUCCAAUUCUGCCCGGUUAGAUUCGAUUCAGUCGGAUGAUAUCCAGGUAGAUCUCGGCCGUCGGAUCGUCCGUUUUGCGUCCCCGGACCUCCCGUCCCGACCCUGGCCAUCAGGCUCGGCGGCUGCUGUGCCGCGGGCGUGGUCUCUUGAGAGCUGUGGAGAGGGGUGCGUGGCGAGAGAGAGGGGUGCUCAGGCACACACGCAUGGGGCGGGUGCAGCAAGGGAAGGGGGUGAGGUGCUGGAAAAAGGGGCUGCAUUAUUUCAGAAGCCUAGUCGAAGCAUGUGUGUGGGGUUGAGACAGGGGGAUAGGGAGCAAGUAGGAGAGGGAGGGGUGGCUGGGGAUGGAGAGCGGUGGGAUGGGAUGGAAGGGGAGGAUCAGAGGGGAAAGAGAGCGGGGGAGAGUUUAAAGACAUUUGAAAACUCGGGGGAGGGAGGAGAUGGUGAGGUGGAAGAUGGGGGAGAGGGGGGACGGCGGCGAAACAGGGAGAAUCGGGGAAGGCAAGACGGAGCGGAUGGGUGGAGGAAGAGAGCAGGUGAGAAUCUUGAGAUGGCUCACAAGUUGGAAGAGAGAAGAGACUGCGAAGGGGGAGAGGGGAGAGAGGGGGGCAAUGUGGUUGGGGGGUUUAUGCAAAGUGUGGAGAGAGGGGAGGAGCAAGUGGAGGAGCGAGAGGAGGAGCGAGGGGAGGAGCGAGGGGAGGAGCGAGGGCUGAAGAGAAUGGGUGACGAGAAUCAUGUGGAAGAGAAGACAACUGAUAAGCAAAGGUUGACAGGGAGGGGGUUGACAUGUCGGGACGAAUCCAUGCCGCCCGGUCGGGUUUCUUUGGCAGCUAGUGACAGGAUGGAGGCGGGUGGAAUAACAGCGGGGGUAGCAGACACUGCAAGCCGAGAGGAGGGGGUGAAGUGUGACUAUAUCGAACGGGAAAGAGUGCCGCCUCAUUCCAGAGCACUAGGAGGGGGGGUAGGUGACUGUACAGAGAGGGAGGGAACGCCAAUGGCAGGAGUUGAAGAUGGGUGGGGGGGGAGGGAGAGGAGCAAUGCUUCCAGAGGGUUUGGCUUUGGGGCAUCUCGAAAGGCCGAUGGCCCUCGGUUGAGUCAGCAGCUGCUCACGCAAAAGCUGCUGGCUGCUGAACGGCUGUUGGCGGGUGUCUCGAGUGUUCCUCGCGUCCUUCAAUACAUGCACGACGGGGAUAAGAACGGCGUGUGUUUCCAUGCGGGUACCUCGUAUGGACGGCACCCCUGGAUGAAUCCCGUGCUCCUGGGGACCCUCACAGUGGCAGCCAGCAGCCCUCCCUCACGUUACACCGAUGGCAAGGUCAUCGUCUCGGGUGACUACGUUGUGAGUGUGUGUGGUAGAGUGUGCUAG